AUGUCAGAUUCAGAAGAAGAUGAUAGAUCAGGAUCGGGUUCUGAAGAAGAGGAAGAGGAACAAGAUGAAAGUGGAUCCGGAGAAGGUUCAGGUAGUGACGAAGAAGGCAGUGGUUCUGGAAGUGGUUCAGGAAGUGAUGAUGAAUCAGGGUCAGGUUCAGGAUCAGAUUCAGAUGAUUCAGAUAAAAAAAAGAAAAAGAAAGGUGAUAAGGGAAAGGAGAAAGAUAAGAGCAAGGUAGAGGAAGAAAAAGCAUUACCAGUGUUUAAACCAACAGGCUAUUAAAGUAUAAUGAGCACCCUGAAGGAUAUUAAUAAAGAUCUCGAUGAGAUAACAAUUAAUGUUGAAAAAGUUCACAAUAAAUUCUCUCCUUUAAAACCUAAAUACACAAGUACUUUUACUAAAGAAAGAGAAAAUAAGCCACCUCCCCCAACAUAUCCAAGAAAUUAUCAUCCUCCAUUACAUGAAUAGGAAAGAAGAAGAAGUUACUCGCCAAAGAAAUAUGAUAACUACUAAGGAGAUGAUGAUUAUGAUCCUGAUCAUUUGAAUGACAGAGAUGAUAACUAUUAUGAAAAUAGAUAAGAUGAAUAUCCCUCAAGAGGGAAUAAUAAUUAUAGAUCCAGUGGUGGCCCUGGGCCUAAUUAAAGUUACCACAGCAGAGGUUAAGGAAAUUAGAGUCAAGGUGCCUACAAUACUUUUGACAAUAGACAAAUGAGUAAUUCUAGGGGAUAAAGUGAAAGGAAUUAAUAAUAAUCAUCUUUUCAAAAUACAAACAGAUAUCCACCCAGUUAGGGAUAUAAUAAUUAAUAAUACCCAUCAUAAAAAUAAGUAGGUUUCCAAAAUUAAUCAUUUAACCAAAGCUAUACGCAACCUAAUCUAUAAAGAAAUAUAUCUCCAGCUAGUAGAUUCAUAAAUAAUCCAUCAACUAACUAUAACAACUAGAACUUAUUCGUUGGUGGUUAACCACCAAUGACAAGCUAUACCUAAUUUUAUCGUAAUUAAUCUGCUCUUUAAAAUACGCUUAUGUAUCCUUAAUAAUAAUAAAAUUAAGGCUAUCUUUAAGCAUAGAGUAAUCCUCAAAUGUUGGGGAGUUCAAAUAUUAUGGGAGUCAAUAGCACGCCUUAAUUUGGAUAAUUUAAUUAUGGAAAUCCUUAAUAAAAUUCAUAAUCAUUCUCAUAAUAAUCUAGAAAAUUUGAUAACAAUACUCUAACUAAUCCAGUUGCCAGGGAAGGUGAGGUCUAAAGAGUCGAAAAUUUAUAAGAAGCAAUAGACGCACUUUUAAGAUGA